AAUGGAUUUUGUCAUCUUUUUCAUCACCUUACUCUCCAUCAUGAUCAUCCUACUCCUAUGUAUAUACUUCAACCACCGUCGUCGUCCGGCCUCCAGACUGCCGCCGGGGCCGUACCCAUUUCCGGUAAUCGGAAACAUCCUCUCACUAGGUUCAAACCCACACCAUUCAUUAACAUCCCUCUCCAAAAUCCAUGGCCCAGUGAUGUCCCUCAAAUUGGGAAACUUGACAACUAUUGUGGUGUCAACGCCGGAAACUGCCCAAAAGAUUCUCCACAAAAAUGACCGGAUAUGCUCCGGCCGACAUGUCCCUGACAUCUCCCGAAUCCUCGACCACAACAAAUACUCUGUUGUUUUCAUCUCCGCGACUACCCAAUGGAGAACCCUUCGUAAAAUCAGCAAAGAACACAUAUUUUCUCAGCCGCAGAUGGACGCAAAACAGGGCAUGAGGCUAAAAAAGGUGGAAGAACUCGUAGCCUUCGUGCGGAGGAGCUCCGUCGUGAAAAUAGGUGACGCCGCCUUCACGACGACCCUGAAUUUUCUGUCGGACAUGUUCUUCUCGAUGAAUUUAGCUCAUUACGACUCGAAUUUGUCUCGGGAGUUCAAGGAUCAUAUCGGGAUUGCGCUGGAAAUCGUGGGGACUCCUAAUUUAGCGGAUUACUUUUCGAUAUUUAGGUUUGUUGAUGUUCAAGGCUUAAGACGGCGUGCCAGAUUUCAUUUAACGAGAUUGUUUUCUAUAUUUGAGAAGAUCAUCCAACAUAGGAUAGAAUCGAAGGAGACCAAGAAUGAUUUACUGGAUGUGCUCCUCAAUCUCUCCCAAGAGAUUGGAUCAACUCUCACCAUCAACGACAUAACCCAUUUGAUUCUAGACUUGUUCAUUGCAGGUACAGACACAACGUCAAGUGUAGUGGAAUGGGCGAUGACUGAGUUAUUACGUGAUCCAGAUAAACUGAAAAAAGCUCAAACAGAGCUUAGAGAAUUUGCAGGCAAUGAAUUGAUCAUAAUUGAAGAAUCGGACUUUUCAAAGUUACCUUAUAUACAAUCAGUUGUAAAAGAGACGCUAAGACUGCAUCCUCCGGCUCCUUUCUUGAUUCCUCACAAGGCGGAAGCCGAGUUUGAGAUAGACGUGGACGACGAGAAAUACUUGUUUCGAGUUCCGAAAAAUGCUCAAGUUUUAGUGAAUGUAUGGGCAAUUGGUCGUGACCCAAAAGUAUGGGAAGAUCCGCUAGUGUUUAUGCCAGAGAGAUUCUUCAUGAAAAGUGAAAUUGACUUGAAAGGUCGAGACUUUAGGUUGAUCCCAUUUGGGUCUGGAAGAAGGAUUUGUCCUGGUAUGGUUUUGGGAGACAAGAUGGUGCAUUUGCUAUUGACCUCUUUGUUGCUCUCUUUCGAUUGGAAACUUGAAGAGGGAAUUAACCCUCAAGAUAUUGAUUUGGACGAGAAAUUUGGUCUUACAUUGCAAAAGGCUAUACCUCUUAGGGCUAUUCCUAUUCCCAUCAAAGUUUGAUGGACCCCUUCCUCUCUUUGGAUGUUUAAU